AUGGCAUCAAAAUUUAUUACAAUUUUUGCACUGCUAGCAACUUUAUUGGCAUCAUCCACAGCCUAUCGCAUCAUCGACAUUCAAAAUGAUUUUACAGAUUUAUCAGAUUCUAUUGACACCAAAAAUGAAGAUCUAUAUUUCGUUAGUGAGGAAAAGGAUGAACAAUUUGAACAAAAAAUGGCUCAAGCCGAUGAUUUAUUGAAAAAACUUGAAGAAAGGUUGAAAAACUUGGAAGAAAGCGAAGAAAACUUGCAGCAACAGCUGAAAAGGUCGCAAGAAAGUAACAAAAAAAAUAGAAAGGAAAGAAAUCAAAAAGCAAAGUCUAAAAUUGUAGACUAUGAAGAAGUUGAGCAUGAAAAAUCAGCAUUUGGAAUUUGGGAUGUUGCUGUCAAUAUUUCAAAGAUGUUGCUGAAUAAACUUAUGAGUUUCUUUGGACUUAGUUUCAUUAAGUUUUGA